GAAUCUACUAUAUACAUGAAAUAUUUAAAAAUAAGACUAUUUAACAUCGUAUCAUUCAAAGUAGAAAACAAAUAAUUAAUAUAUACAACUAAAAUCUUAUAUAUUUGAAUAAAUAAUAUUAUCAAUGUUGUUCUAUUUAUUUUGGUUGAUUACGUUAUCAUGUAGCAGCGUUGCAAAGCCGAAUUUUCUUUUAAUAAUAGUAGAUGAUUUAAGAACAACUUUGGGAUGUUACGGGGAUCACAAUUCACAUACACCAAAUAUAGAUCGCUUAGCAAAACAAGGCAUAAUUUUCUCUCAGACUUACGCACAGGUGCAAGCUUUAUGUGCACCCAGUAGAAAUUCAAUAUUGACAAGUAGAAGACCGGAUACAUUACAGUUGUAUGAUUUUUAUAAUUAUUGGAGAAAUACAGUUGGUAAUUUUACAACGUUACCAGAACAUUUAAAAAAUAAUGGAUACAAUACUAUGUCAAUAGGGAAAAUAUUUCAUCCAGGUAUAAGUUCUAACUAUUCUGAUGAUAGUCCUUAUUCUUGGAGCGAAAAACCUUUUCAUCCUUAUACAAAUCGUUAUAAGAAUGCACCUGUGUGUAAAAUUACCAAAAACUCACUUCCUGCAGAAAAUCUUGUUUGCCCAGUGGAUAUAAAAUUCAUGCCAAAUCAAACAUUGCCAGACAUAGAAAUAUUGAAAAAAGCUAAGAGAUACUUAAACAUACAUAAAAAUGAUGCUAAGCCAUUUUUUUUAGCUGUUGGCUUUCAAAAACCACAUAUUCCUUUAAAAUAUCCUAAAAAAUAUCUAAAAUAUCAUCCACUAGAAAAGUUUGAUGUUCCUAAGCCAUAUGCUUGGCCAAAUAAUACUGAUAGCGUUUCAUAUAAUCCAUGGAUAGAUCUUCGCAAAAGAAAAGAUGUACAAAAGUUACGUCUUAAAUUUCCAUGGGAAAAAAUACCAGAAAAUUUUGCCAAACUGAUAAUACAAUCAUAUUAUGGAGCUGUAUCUUAUAUCGAUGACAUUAUUGGUAAACUUAUUUAUCAGUUGCAUAUUUCUAAAAUUCUGCAAAAAACUGUGAUUAUAUUAACAUCUGAUCAUGGCUGGUCUUUAGGAGAGCAUGCAGAAUGGGGCAAAUACAGUAACUUUGACGUUUCAGUGCACGUACCUUUAAUAAUAUCGAUACCUUAUAUGACAUUUAAGAAAACUAAAGAACAUUUGACUGAAAAUGACGUUAAUACUGCUGGUAAAUUUAUAUUUCCAUAUGAAGGAUAUACACAGACAAAUUUAAAGAAUUCUUUAACUAAAGAAAAAGGAGAUACAUUUUUACAAUAUAAAAAUAUUUACACGAAAACAGAUGCCAUUGUAGAACUGGUUGAUAUAUUUCCUACAAUUGCUGAAUUAGCAAGAAUCCCAAUACCAAUUUGUUCCAAUAUAGAAAACAGAUAUAACAAUAAUAAAAAAGAAUCAUCGGUGUGCACGGAAGGAGUUAGUCUUUUACCACUUAUCAGAGCUGUUUUGGAUAACAAAAUAAUAUCAUGGAAAAAAGCAGCAUUCAGUCAAUAUCCAAGACCAGGGAUAGAACCUACAUUACAUCCCAACAGUGAUGAGCCAUGUUUGAAAGAAAUAACUAUAAUGGGAUACAGUUUGAAAUCACGUGAGUACAGAUAUACUGCUUGGAUACCAUUUAUAUUCAAAAACAAAACGGUCGAUUGGAAUAUAAUAAUUAGCGAAGAAUUAUAUAAUCACAAUGAUGAUUCAGCAGAGUAUUUCAAUUUAGCGACAGCUCCAAACUUUGUAAGAACAAAAAUUGAAUUAAGAACUUUGCUUAAAAAUGGUUGGAGAAAAGCCUUGCCGGAUUAUUAUUACAGACAAUAAAAAAACAAAUAAUUUUUAAUAUAUUCUUCUAAAAUAUUUGAAGGAAAAGAUUCAAAAAUAAUGACUUUUUUUUCUUACUUUGCAUUAAAUAGAAAUUAGAAUAAAUAUAACACAUAUACUUGUGUAUAUUUCAUAAAGUAAACAUAAUCUAAUAGAAUUAUAUCUAGUACAAUACUUCAAUGAAAUACGUAAAACGAUAAUUUUUAAUAAUGUAACGUGUUGUUAGGUUGCUAAAAUCAAUCAAAUAAACUAUAUUUGUAUGGAAUAA